AUGGGGGCCCCGCGGGCGCUCAGGCCACUGGUCUGGGCCGUGCUGCAGCUGGGCUGGCCGCCAGGAUGGCUCCUAGGCACCCCUGAGGGGCCCUGCAGCCCCCCCACCUUCUCCCCAGCCAGGCUCUCGGUGCCCGAGGGGGGCAACGCCUCCUUCACCUGCAGCCUGCCCUGCACCCCCCAGCACCCGCUGCUCAACUGGUACCGCCUGGGCCCCGGCAACCGGAGCACCAAGCUGGCUGCCUUCCCGGAGGACCAGAGCCACCCGGGCCGGGACUGGCGCUUCAGUGUCACGCAGCUGCCCAGCGGCCGGGACUUCCACAUGAGCCUUGUGGGCGCACAGGCCAGCGACAGCGGCGUCUACAUCUGCGGGGCCAUCUACCUGCCCCCCCGAACGCGGAUCACAGAGAGCCCCGCCAUUGAGCUCACCGUGACCGAGAGAGUCCCCCAGCUGCCCACCGAGCACCCCAGCCCCACACCCAAGCCCGCCGGCCUGCCACAGAGUCUGGUGGUCAGCGUCGCUGUUGUGCUGGCGGCCGUCCUGCUGCUGCUGCUGCUGCUGCUGGCCUGGGGCCUGGCCGGCGCCAUCCCAGGAGGCCUGCGAGGGGCCUGCACCAGCCGGAGCCAGGAUGCAGCUCUGAAGGAGGACACCCCAGCCGUGCCCGUGUUCACCGUGGACUACGGAGAGCUGGACUUUGAGUGGCGAGAGAAGACUCCGGAGCCCCCAGGCCCGUGUGUCCCUGAGCAGACGGAGUACGCCACCAUCGUCUUCCCUGGCCGGCCCGCGCCCCCCUGCCGCAGGGCCUCCGCCGAUGGCCGCCCGGGGCCCCGGCCUCUGCCGCCGGAGGAUGGACACUGCUCCUGGCCCCUGUGA